AUGCUUGAGAAAUUGAGUAGUUACUUCACGGGACCAGAGUUGUCUGAUCCAUUGCUAAGCUGGUCAUUUGAUCCAUCUUCUGAAAACUUGUACUAUAGACAUUUGCAUGAAGCCUUGAUAUCUUUUGUGGUGUAUCAAUUCAUUCUAUAUCCAUUUGUGGUGCCAAAACUUAACGAAUGGUUCUUCAAAGAGCAUUACACAGAAAGGGAUGAACCUGACAAAAUUAAUUUCGAUAUUCAUACCGUGUCUAUGAUCCAGAGCGUUGUCUCCCUGUACUUGAUCUGGCCGUUAUUAUGGAUUCCUUUUGGAUUUAAUGUGGCAACUUACUACAAUUCUUAUGCUUCCAUGGUUUCUGCCGUUAGUAUUGGGUAUUUCAUGUGGGAUCUGUAUAUCUGUCUGAGGUACUUCAAAUUGUUCGGUAUUGGAUUCUUGUUCCACGCUGUGGCAGCAUUCGCUGUUCUGACCAUUACCUUGCACCCGGUAUGCCAAGCAUGGAUCGGAAGAUUCUUGUCAUUCGAGGCCUCAACUCCGUUUGUCAACAUCAAUUGGUACAUCAUCCAAUUGUCCCGUGGAUCCUCGAAGCAGGUGGUUCCUACCUGGUUCAACGUAUUGAAUGGGUUCUUGUUGAUCUCAGUAUUUUUCUUCGUCAGAUUGGUAUGGGGGUUCGUCGCUGUUGCGAUUUUGAUCUACGAGAUGUGGCAAGUGUGGGAUCAAAUCCCAUUAUACAUGACUGCCGUUAUCUUGGGUAUCAACGUCUCACUAGACUUCUUGAAUAUCCACUGGUUCUCUAAGAUGUUGAAAAUUGCUAAAAAGAUGGCUAAUGGAUCUAAAAGAGUCUCCAAAAUUGAUUGA